AUGCCACCAGCCAUGUUGCAAAAGAAGAAUGCUACCAGCCAAGUUGCAAAAAGCAGAAUGCCACCAGCCAUGUUGCAAAAGCAGAAUGCUACCAGCCAUGUUGCAAAAGCAGAAUGCUACCAGCCAUGUUGCAAAAGCAGAAUGCUACCAGCCAUGUUGCAAAAGCAGAAUGCUACCAGCCAUGUUGCAAAAGCAGAAUGCUACCAGCCAUGUUGCAAAAGCAGAAUGCUACCAGCCAUGUUGCAAAAGCAGAAUGCCACCAGCCAUGUUGCAAAAGCAGAAUGCUACCAGCCAUGUUGCAAAAGCAGAAUGACACCAGCCAUGUUGCAAAAGCAGAAUGCUACCAGCCAUGUUGCAAAAGCAGAAUGCUACCAGCCAUGUUGCAAAAGCAGAAUGACACCAGCCAUGUUGCAAAAGCAGAAUGCUACCAGCCAUGUUGCAAAAGCAGAAUGCUAUCAGCCAUGUUGCAAAAGCAGAAUGCUAUCAGCCAUGUUGCAAAAGCAGAAUGCUAUCAGCCAAGUUGCAAAAGCAGAAUGA